AUGACUGACAGAGCUUACCCAUCAGCAAAGCCAAACGGCGCCGCGCCGCCGCCGCCGCUAAUCCCCAACCCUCCGCCGGCCAAAUCCCACCUCUACAAUCCCACGCGCCACCCCUACCGCCCGACCCCCACCUCCCACCCCGCGCAGAAGCGCGGCGGCCGUCGCCCCAGCUGCCGCCGGUGCUGCUGCCUCGCCUGCCUCUGGACCUUCCUCAUCCUGAUUGGUCUCCUCCUCCUCGCCGCCGUCGCCGCCGCCGCCCUCUACGCGCUGUACCACCCCCGGCGCCCACUGUUCUCCGUCACCUCCCUCAGGAUCUCCGCCUUCAACCUCACCACUGCGCCGUCCGACGACACGACGCGCCUCACCGCCGCGUCCAGCGUCACGCUCUCGGCGAGAAACCCCAAUAACCGGAGGAUCACGUACCUGUACGGUCCGGCGACGGUCUCCGUCUGGUCGGGGUCGGUCGUCCUGUGCAGCGGCUCCGCCGCGGGCUUCAAAAGCCCGCCAGGGAACGUGUCGGCGGUGCAUGCGGCGGCGGCUGCGAGCGGGCGGCUGCUGUAUGGGGACGAUGCGCGGUCGCUGAGGGAGGAUCUGAGGAAGAAGAGUGGGGCGGCGAUGAAAAUCGUGGUGGAGACGACGGUAGGGGUAAAAGCGGAAAAGAUGAAGGUGAGGAAGGUGGGGAUCAGGAUCAGCUGCGAGGGCAUACACGGGGAGCUGGUGGUACCCAAGGGGAAAAAUGUAACUUCGUCUAACACCGCCAACGCGAGGUGUGAUCUCAAGAUCAAGAUCUGGAAAUGGACAUUUGGAUUUUGA